AAUGAACCGUCGCUGUGUAGUCUGCGGCAAGGAGUUUGCCAAUGAUGCCGUCGAUUCCGCCUAUCAUUAUCCUAAAAAUGAGAAGGAAGCUCAGAUUUGGCAGAAGAGUAUGGGAGCCUUCGGUACCGCUGUGGAGAGUAUUGAAAAAUUUUGCUGUGUCUGUAUUGAACACAUACCACAAUUCGUGGAACGUACUCAGAAGGAGGCGUCGCUCAUUAAGGAGCAAUACAAGGAGGAUAAAUGGAUAACGCCACAGUUAAGUCGGCCUUCGCUCCAAGUGCUUCUCCUGUCGGGUGCUACGCUGUCACCUUGUUUCGACAUAUCCAAAUCAGGAUGCAACGGCCAGCAGGAGGAUGGCUUAGACGAAGAAAUCUUCGUAAGUGAAUCCAGCUAUAAGGAUUGUGGUCUCCCCUUGCCCGACAUUGAGGUCCCCGAAGCGACUGUGCUGUCCAUGCACAACGAAAAUAUGGCAAAAAACAAUCUGCAAUGCGAUGCUACUAAUUGCCUGUGCAAUUGCACGGAUGUCUUGUUGCUGGGACGCAGCCAAAAGCAUCCAUGCAAAUGCGAGGCAUCUCCCCAAAAGCCGCAGACAGAGAACGUUAUGGAGUGCAGCGGUGUAGAGUGUCAAUGCCAGAUGCGCCUGCAGAUGGGUGGAAUAAUCAAACAACAACAACAGCGCAUCGUCGAACUAGAGAGUAUGAUCUGUCGGCAGAAUGAAUGGUAUAUAGCGUUACAGCAGAAGAUGAAUGAGCUAUAUGCAGAUUUCGGCCUUAUAGAACAGAGCAGAAAAGGAUUUAGGUGUCCAAGUAAUAACACGCAGCCAGAACCGUCAGAGUGACAGAUGUUAUCGUCUUAUCCUAUACAGUGUGCAUAAUAGUCUUCGAUUGGAUUGAACUAAUAAUAAAUAAACAUGUCUAACAAUA